CGGGAGGAUUCAGUGCGGCUGCGGCGGCCAGGCCAUGGCGCUCGCGCAGGGCACCGGCGACUUCUCCGUGGUGGUGCUGGGCUCCGACUUCGCGGUCGACGCCGGGGCCGCGCUCCUCAACCCUGCCGACCGGGAGGAGUGGCACGACUGCCUGCCCGACCUCUCCGCCCCCGCCGACGGCGACGACUUCUCCGACCUCGAAGACCUCCAGGUCGUCCGCGUCCAUGGCACCGACAGGGCCGGGAGGCGCAUCGUCCGCGUCGUCGGCAGGUUCUUCCCUGCUCCUGUCAUAGGUGGUGAGCGACUGAAGAGGUAUGUUCUUCACAAGCUGCGCACUGAGUUGCCAGAUGGACCAUUCUGCAUUUUGUACAUGCACAGCACUGUACAGUCAGAUGAUAACAACCCCGGGAUGUCAAUCUUAAGGGGAGUUUAUGAAGAUCUUCCACAUGAAUGCAAGGAAAGGCUGCAGGUGUUAUACUUCCUGCAUCCUGGGCUUCGGUCUAGGUUGGCCAUCGCCACACUUGGCAGGCUCUUUUUAAGCGGAGGUUUGUAUUGGAAAAUCAAGUAUGUUAGUCGGCUGGAGUAUCUUUGGGGGGACAUCAGAAAGGGAGAAGUAGAAAUUCCAGAUUUCGUGAUUGAUCAUGAUAAGGUUCUUGAGCACCGACCACUGACAGACUAUGGUAUAGAGCCUGAUCCUCUACAUCUUGCUGAUAUGCCUGCUGUGGGCUACUCGCUUGGAAGGUAUGAAGACAAAUGGUCUCCCGAAGAUCGACGGUACUCUCGCAAUUACAUGUGAAAAUUUGCUAGCCGAAGGCCUCCAAGAUUCAUGUAAUAUAUAUAGUAUAAUUAGGAUCAUGGUAAUGUUGUGUGAUUUUGUCAGGUUGCUAUAAAAACCUGACCGCCUGCUUCAGAAUUGUCGGGAUAUAUCACCUGCAUUUACUUCUAAGCCAACGGCAUGUCCGUCUUGA